UAAAAAUAUUGCCUUAUUUCGACUAUAGAAUAUUUAUUAUUAGAGAUUAAUAAUGGAUAGCUACGAAAAUAUGUAUAAAAACAUAUGUCGCUUAUGUUUAUCACUUACUAGUGCCAAUGAAAUGGUGACUUUAUUAGACAAUUCCAAAGAAAGUGGUCUGAGUUGCUUCGGUGAAUCAAUAAGGAUUUUGACCAAUGUUAAGUUACAAAAAGAUGAUAGACUUCCCACUAUGAUGUGCCAAAUGUGUGUGGUGAUGUUAAAACAAGCUAUAUACUUCAAAUUAAAGUGCGAGUCAACUGAUAAAAAAUUAAAACAACUUAUGAACGACCAAAUUUUCGAUGAUACUACAUAUCAAGAUUUAAAAGAAAUUGUGUGUGACUACGUUAUGUUUAACCAAUAUUUCCCUAAUACUAGUCAAGUUAAAGAUUCAGCCAUCAAUAAAAAGGCGAAAACUGGUUUAAAAACGGAGAAAUCUGGACGACAAAAUUCUCAUACUUCGGCUAAUGUCAAAGCCAGACAUCAUUCCAAUAGAAGCCAUGAUUAUGAUGAUUUUUUAAACGACAGCAGCAGCAAUCAUUCAGCCAAAAAUGGCGACAAUGAGGAUGAUAUGAACAGUGUUUUAAAUACAAUACAAAACAUUAUAAAUACUCCAUCAAAUAAUUCUAGAAGUAAACGUAAAUUUAAAAGAGAAGGCCAGUUAAUUAUACCUAGCAAGCAACGCAAUAUAAAAUGUAAAAUUUGUCUCAAAGUUCUAGCAAACCGUCUUACGUAUGACCACCAUAUGCAACGUCACAGCAACUGUCGUUAUAUCUGCGAUCAAUGUGGCAAAGGCUUUCCUGUUCUCACAGACAUGCAUGAACACCAAUUGGUACGUCAUGGAAUUGGUCCGUAUCUGAAAUGUGAUCAUUGUCCCUACAAAGCACCGAAAAAAAGCACUUUAAUAGAGCAUUUAAGAAUUCAUACUGGAGAAAGACCGUUUACAUGUGAAAAGUGUGGUUUAACAUUCCGCCGGAGAGCAAUAUGGAGAAACCAUUUAGUUCACCAUAUGGAGAAGAAAGUUCAAUGUACAUAUUGUCCGAAGAAGUUUUACCGUCAAUCACAUAUGCUUGCCCACUGUAACAAUGUACAUGAGAGGUUAUAUAUGUUCAUGUGCAGCAUUUGUAAUGUGACUUAUGCUAAGACGGAGACAGUUAGACGUCAUAUGCUUGUUAAGCAUGGUAUACCAAAAGAGAAACAGGGAAAAGUGAUUCGAAUAAAGAAUGGGAGUACUGAAUCACCAGGAAUCAUGACAUAAAAGAGAAGUUUCUGUGUAAUAACUCAUUUGAACUAUUUCUUAAAUUACAGUUUAGUUUUCUUGUAACUUUUAUCUACUAUUUGACUUUUAUUUAACAUUGUAUAUUACUUAAGUAAGUAGUACAUUAUUAAUAUGAUAUAGAGACUUAACUAUUAAAAAAUAGUUUACCUAUGUAUUUAAUUUAACAACAAUAUAAUGAAUUGUGUCUGA